CCCCAUCUCCUCAACAACACUCACUCAGAACAAGACAAAACAAAAAAAAAAACCCAAAAACUCUCAAGAAAAAAGAAAAAAAAAUGGCGAUAUUAUGCACAACAACAUCUCCGGCAGAGAAAGAACACGAACCAAAACAAGAUCUUGUAAAAGACCAAACUCCAUUAAUCUUUAACCCUUCUCUUCUUAACCUCCAAUCCCAAAUCCCAAACCAGUUCAUUUGGCCAGACGAAGAGAAACCUUCCAUUGACAUUCCCGAGCUCAACGUUCCUUUCAUCGAUCUCUCAAGCCAAAACUCAACUCUUGAAGCUCCUAGAGUCAUCGCAGAAGCUUGCACCAAACACGGCUUCUUCCUCGUCGUCAAUCAUGGCGUCAGCGAGUCACUCAUAUCCGACGCUAAUCGUUUAAUGGAACGUUUCUUCGACAUGCCUCUCGCAGGUAAACAGAAAGCUCAGAGAAAACCCGGUGAGAGCUGUGGCUACGCAAGUAGCUUCACCGGUAGAUUCUCCACCAAGCUCCCAUGGAAGGAGACUCUCUCUUUUCAGUUUUCCAACGAGAAAAGUGGCUCGAGAACCGUUCAAGAUUACUUUUCCGAUACAUUAGGACAAGAGUUCGAGCAGUUUGGGAAGGUAUAUCAAGACUAUUGUGAAGCAAUGAGUUCUCUAUCACUCAAGAUCAUGGAGCUUCUGGGGUUAAGUUUAGGCGUAAACCGAGACUAUUUCCGAGGAUUUUUCGAAGAGAAUGAUUCGAUAAUGAGGCUCAAUCAUUAUCCUCCAUGCCAAACACCAGAUCUCACGUUAGGUACAGGACCUCAUUGUGAUCCAAGUUCUUUGACCAUACUUCAUCAAGACCAUGUCAAUGGCCUUCAAGUCUUUGUUGACAAUCAAUGGCAAUCCAUUCGUCCCAAUCCCAAGGCUUUCGUUGUCAAUAUCGGUGACACUUUCAUGGCUCUAUCGAACGGGAUAUUCAAGAGUUGUUUGCAUAGAGCGGUUGUGAAUAGGGAAAGCGCGAGAAAAUCGAUGGCGUUUUUCUUGUGUCCGAAGAAAGACAAAGUGGUGAAACCACCAAGUGAUAUUUUGGAGAAGAUGACAACAAGAAAAUACCCUGACUUCACUUGGUCUAUGUUUCUUGAGUUCACUCAAAAACAUUACAGAGCAGAUGUGAAUACGCUCGAUUCCUUUUCAAAUUGGGUCAUUACCAACAAAAAUCCCAUCUAAGAAACAACAUUACUAUCUAAAUCCUUUGUAUGUUUUCUGGUUACUUUGUGUCCUUUGUUCUCGUAGUGAAAUGCAUGAAUUUGGAUUUCAAAGUUUUAAACAUUUGUAAUAUAUUGUUCCAAGCUUU